CCGUCAUGGCGGCCUUCCGCGACAUUGAGGAGGUGAGCCAGGGUCUGCUGAGCUUGCUGGGUGUCAACCGCGCCGAGGCGCAGCAGAGGCGGCUCCUGGGGCGUCACGAGCAGGUGGUGGAGCGGCUGCUGGAGACCCAGGAGGAGGCCGAGCGGCGGCUGCGGGAGACCCUGGCAGCGGAGAAGGAAGUGGCCCAGAGCCUUCUAGACUCCAAGGAGCAAGUGCGGGAGAGGGGAGCUGAGCUGGAGCAGCUGGAAGCCGAGCUCAGGAAGGUGGGCGAGGAGGACGCAGGGCUGCAGACCAGCCUCACCCAGCUCACCAGCGAGCUGCAGGAGCUCCGCGAGAUGGAGGCUGAUCUGGAAAGGCAGGAGAGAGAAGUGGACGAGGACACAACCGUCACCAUCCCCUCCGCCGUGUAUGUGGCUCAACUGUAUCACAGAAUUAGUAAAAUUGAGUGGGAUUACGAGUGUGAGUCUGGGAUGAUCAAGGGCAUCCAUCACGGCCCCAGAGUGGCACAGCCCAUCUACCUGGACAGCACGCAGCUCUCCAAGCAGUUUGUCAGCGACUACCUGUGGAGCCUAGUGGACACAGAGUGGUAGCCAGAGCCGGGGGGGGGGGCGGUCAUGGGCCUGUGAAUGCUUCUGUAUAAAGGGGUUCGUUUCUGUCUUGCCUUUC